CGCUGUAACGUUCGGUCGUCCGUUUCGAGUGUAUGUGUGUGUGCAGGUUCAGACGACGGUGAUAUUUUAUAGUCGUUUUGUUUAUAGUUUUCACGAUCGUUAUUAUUUAUUUAUUUUUUUAAUAAAAGAGUUUAAUUUCGUGAAACGCAUGGCGAAUUUUCACCGUUCACUGCUGCCACAUCGUCUCGUAAUAGUCACCGAAAAAUGUCACAGACUUCGUGGAGAAGAUUGAUUGACAGUUAAUCUAACACACACGUAUAUAAUAUAAUAUAUUAUAUAUUUAUAUAUACCUAUCGACAACGAUAUCAUAUCUCAUUGAAGAGGGCUCAUAUAAUAGUUAAUUAAAGAUUUAAACUAUUCUUUCAUUGACAUAAAUAUGACGAAUAUUGGACGUAUCCGGACUGUAGUAUUGGGGAGUUCUCGUGUUGGGAAAUCUGCUGUCACUGUCCGUUACCUGACAAAAAGAUAUAUUGGAGAAUACAGUUCAAACACAGACUUGUUGUACAGACACGACGUGACGUUCGAUAGCGUUCUUACAGAAGUGGAAAUACUCGACACAUGCAAAUAUUCGACCACUUGUUUGUACGAUCACAUAAGAUGGGCCGACGCAUUCGUGAUCGUCUACAGCGUGGUGGACCUGUCGAGUUUUAACGAAGCGCAAUACCUUCUGGACGAAUUGAGCAAACACAAAUUACCGUCGUACUUUGCCACGCUGUUGCUGGGCAACAAGAGAGACUUGGAUCAUUCCAGGAUAGUGGCGGUAGACGCGGGACAAGAGCUGUCGCUGCGGUUCGGCUGUCAGUUCUACGAGGUGAGUGCGGCAGAAAACUUCGCGGGCGUGUCGCUUGCGUUCCACUCACUAUUGCGCGAGACUCGGGCAGUGCAGCUGCUCCGCGGACUGCCGAUCAGACGCAAGUUAGGUGUGAACAGCGUGUCCAAGGUGCUGGGCACGAUAUUCGGCAAGAAUAGCAGCAAGAGGGACCGGAAGAAGCGGCCGUCGCUGAGCAUAUGACCCGCGUGGGCGUCCGCCGACACGGCCACCGCUGCGGGCGCUCCGAACACGACGCUCACGCUGUGAACACGUACGCGAAUAAGAGAGAAAAAAUUGAAAAUCGAAAAAAAAAAAAUAAUGUCUCAAGACCCACCAAACACUACCCCCCCCCUCCCCCGCCCAACCAACCACUAACCAUCAUUAUCACUCAUACAGGUCGAUCGAAUAAGUCUUCGUUGCCAUCGUCUCCAUCGUCAUCGUCGUAUAUAACACAGACGUAUUAUAAUACUGUAAUGAUCACGGCCACGUAUGUAACUACUGCGACGACGGAUGUGUAUAAUAUUAAUAUCUAUCCCGAUUGAGACAUGGCGGCGGUGGCAGGCGUAUAACAUCCGUUUCCGUUCCGGAUAGGCGAGAACGAGUUGAACGCACAGCGAAGGCGUGCGACGUAUAAUACUGUGCACCGUCGAAUUCGUCAGCCGGAGAUAUUCCGAGAAUGAUAAAACAGAAAAAUACGAAUUUGGUAGAUAAUAUAUGUCCAUCGGACAACGAUCCGAACAGGCCAACACUGGACAAAAACGGAUUAUCUAUCAAACGACGGCAUAAUAGUAUGCUUAUAAUAUAACGCAGUAAAUCGGCUGCCUAUUCGGUUUUCCGAGAAACGAGUAAAAAAACGUUUUGCUGCCGAGCCGGUGACAACAUAGUGUGCAAAAAACAUAAAUUAUCGUAAUCGCGGUUUUUGUUCCCAAGGAAAAAUUCACCGCUCCACUGGAUUUUCAAUCGAAAAAAAAAAAUCAUACACACCUGUAAAUUGGACGUCAAGUGGAUAUAUUAUUACGAUACGUUUGCGAUAGUUCAGACGAAAAGUUUCGUUGCUGAGCAGCCGUCUAUAGGUGACUAUAAGUCUUCCGCGGACGAUAACAACGUAUAAAUAUAACUUGCUAUGCGCGGAAUCCGUAGUGACUCGAGCGGUGUGCUGGACGAGACGAUGCUAUCGUAUAUAAACUAUAAAUAUGCUAGCUGGUCAAUCACGCCAUCGCAUUGAUGGUUUCGCAAUGGUCUUUUAUAUGGAUAUACCAGCUAUCCGUGACACGGUCACACGGAUGACGAAAAGCCACGACGUCUGUCGAUAUAUUAUUUUCAAGUAUUUGUUGGUUACUCGAAAGUCGAAACCCAUCCCCCCGCCUCCUCUCUAUCAAUAUCUGAUCUCAUGAAUCGAAGCAUUUUCAACGAUUGUUUUUCAUUUACUCGAUGUAUAUUAUUUUUAUUAUUACAAUUAGGUAUUAUUAAUGUUACUGUAUACUUAUUAUUAGCUUUUAUAAAUGUUUAAAAAAAAAAAAUUGCUUUGUACGACAAACGACAGGAUUAUUAUGAUAUACAAUUAUAAUAAUUAUAUUUAAUCGGCAUAGCGUUGACAUGAUUCACAGCCGUCACGUGAUUAUUGUAUGUUUAACGAAUAGUCUGCGGAGACAUCAGUGAGCAAUGUUUCAGUAAUGAAAGAGCAUAAUGAAUGUCGUUUUAUUUUUUUUGAUUUUAAUGUAUAAUCGUACUAGUGGUGCACGAAGAUUCUUACUUAUUAGUAUCUAAUAGUUUUGUGUAUAUAUUAUAAAUAUUUAAUUAGGUUUGUUGUUAAUUAUGCAUUUAAGAUCGAUGGCUAAAUCAUACAGGUAUGGUGUUGUAAAAGACGCAAACCGUUACCGUGAUCCGAAUUACAUUGGUGAAAUAAAUUCACAACACUAUCGAUUUGAAUGGAAAUUGAAAUGUGUGCGUGGGUUGUAUAUAACGUAUUAUUUUUUAUUAAAAAUCCAAUUUUAUUAUUGUCACACACCUUGUUGUAGUUUUUUUUAUGCUACAUUGGUUGGCGUUUAAUGUCAUUGAAAAAUAGUAGGUAUAUAAUUCUUAGCCAUGUGUAACCAAUAUUUUCAUGAACCUAACAUAACUAUACUGCAUAAUAUAUAUUAUUAUUAUAUUAUAUAUGUAUAUGUAUAUUAAUUAUACUGUCGUGUGUUAUAAUAUUAAUUGAUGUUGUACUCAAAUUGAUUUAAUGUGUAUCCAUUAAAAAUUUCUGGGACUAUUGAAUUAAUGGUAC